UAUAGCUUGGAGAGUUUUAGGGAAUCCAUGCGUAAACAAUUAAGACGUACUAUUUGUCCACUAUACGUAUUAUCAGGUCAAAGGUAAAGAAGGCUAACCCUGUUUAUAAUAGGCCUCUGAUCUAGACAAUUACGGAUAAAGAUUCAUGAGCAUUUCAAAAUAUUUUCUAUUAGGGAUACGAUUCUAAUAACGUGUUUUUUUUUUUUUUUUUUUUUCCAACGAUUCAAAUAUAUUAAGAUACAUUGUUUUUUCCCUUUACAUUAUUUUCUUUUCUGAACAUGGACCAAUCUAUGAGAUUUGAAGUGUUUAGAGGUCAGUUGUAUAUUAAAUUUGUACUGUGAUUUUUGACUUUAGCAAAUUCGUGUGAUUUUUGAAAUCUUGAUUUCUAAUUGAAUUUACCAAGUGUAAGAGUGCUCUCUGUAAAUUCCAUAAGAGGCCAUGAAAGACGUCUAUCUGGUUUCAAAGAGAUGGAUAAAUCGAUAAUAUCUGCUACACUAUUGGUGUUGCUCCUUUUUGUCCUUCAUCUUCAAUCAGAGGUUCAUUCGUUCGCCACUAGUUCCGAUCAUGAUUUUAGCUACAUGAAAUUUGUGUAUAACGCAACCCAUCCGCAGUUAGAAGCAACAUAUGACUACAUUGUAGUUGGUGGAGGAACAGCUGGGUGUCCAUUGGCGGCCACUUUAUCCUUGAAUUACUCGGUGCUCCUUUUAGAAAGGGGCAGUGUUCCUACAGCAUAUCCUAGUGUUCUGCGUGAAGAUGGCUUUUUGAACAAUCUCAUGCAAGAAGAUGAUGGCAAGACACCAGCUCAAAGAUUCAUGUCAGAAGAUGGUGUUCCUAAUGUAAGAGGCAGGGUCCUAGGAGGGUCAAGCAUGAUCAAUGCUGGCUUCUACUCAAGAGCUGACAGGGAAUUCUUUCUGAAAUCAGGAAUUGAAUGGGACAUGGAUUUGGUGAAUAAGGCAUAUCAGUGGGUUGAAGACAGUAUCGUGUUUUGCCCGAACUUGACACAAUGGCAAUCUGCUGUAAAAGAAGCUUUGUUGGAGGCUGGUGUUGGUCCAGACAAUGGACUUAAUGUGGAUCACAUUAAAGGAACUAAAAUUGGGGGUUCAACUUUGGACAAUCAUGGAAGGAGACAUGGAGCUGUGGAACUUCUGAAUAGAGGAGAGCCAAAGAACUUGCGAGUUGCUGUUCAUGCCACAGUAGAGAAGAUCAUCUUCUCUUCCAAUACGUCAAUAUCUAAUGCAGGUUUGUCAGCUAUAGGAAUCAUAUAUAGUGAUUCGAACGGGAGAUCUCAUCGCGCAUUUGUACGUGGUAAGGGAGAGGUUAUAUUGAGUGCAGGGGCAAUCGGGAGCCCUCAACUUCUACUACUUAGUGGUGUUGGCCCGGAGUCUUACCUAUCAUCCCUGAAAAUCCCAGUUGUGCGUUCCCAUCCAUAUGUGGGACAGUUUAUGUAUGACAAUCCUCGUAAUUUAAUAAACAUUUUGCCUCCAUUCCCACUAGAACCCUCAGCUGUAAAGAUUGUAGGCAUUACCAAUGAUUUCUACGUUGAGACAAUCUCUGGAUUGCCAUUUUCUUCUCCACCAUUUAGCAUUUUUCCUAAUCCAUCUAAUCCCAUCAAGGUAGAUUCGAGUUACGGACAAAUUGUUAUCAAAUUUCCAGGACCCUUGUCGUAUGGUUCUCUUAAGCUACAAUCAUCGUCGGAUGUUAGGGUUGGUCCAAAUGUUAGAUUCAACUACCUUUCACAUCCGGUGGACCUUGCUCGUUGUGUAAGUGGCAUGAAGAAGAUUGGUGAUUUGUUAAGGACAGACUCAAUGAAACCAUUUAAGGCUGAAGAUUUGCCGGGAAUAGAAGGCUUCAAGUUUUUUGGACUAUCUUUGCCAAAGAACCAAACAGACAUUUUAUCCUUUAAAAUAUUUUGUCGAGGUUCAGUGGCCACAUUUUGGCAUUACCAGGGUGGAUCCAUUGUUGGAAAGGUGGUUGAUGGUGGUUUGCGUGUUAUGGGGAUCAACGCAUUACGUGUUGUUGAUAGCUCCGUAUUCAAUUUCUCACCAGGGACAAAUCCUCAGGCCACCCUUAUGAUGUUAGGCAGGUAUGUUGGCCUUACGAUGCUGCAAGCAAGAUAAGCAUGCAAGGGAUGUGAUGCUAUUCAUAACUCAACAUUCCAAGCAAGAUAAGCAUGCAAGGGAUGCUAUUCAUAACUCAACAUUCCAAGCAAGAUAAGCAUGCAAAGGAUUCUAUUCAUAACUCAACAUUCCAACUGUUAAGUUUGGACUCCCUUAAAAUCAGAUUGACGUGUCUAUAUAUUGAAAGAGUGUGUUAAAGUAGUCGUGCAGUAUUGAAGUAUUAUAUUUAGACCAAAUGUAGCAUGAUCCUUUGCUUCUCAAAAAUAAGCCCUUCAGUUCUAACUCAAGAGAGCAUAAGGUUAGCCUGGCGAAAGGGUAGGCUGGGUUAAGUCCCAUGAUUGUAAGCACAAAUUUAAUUAAUAAAACAGAACUGUUAUAUAUGCUUUCAAAUUAA